UCAGGCUGAUUCAUAAACAAUCAUAAAGGAAAUGUCUCGUCCUUCAAAGGCCCGGAAAAACGCGGAAACUACAAAUGGAGAUUCCAAACACACUGAUGAGCCGUCUAACUGUAUAAUUUGUUUGGAAAAAGUUAUCUGUCGCGGAAAAUUAAGCGUUUGUAAUCACUGGUUCUGUUUCCCAUGCAUAUUGGAGUGGUCAGAGAACACAAAUACCUGUCCGAUAUGCAAGGCCCGAUUUCGAUGCAUAACAAAGGUUCAUCUGAGCCCUUUCAGAUCCCCACCAACAAAGGUCCGUGUAGGAGACAAGGAUCAGAGAGUUUGGAAUGAUGAUGAUGAGUUAGUAGAGGAAGAUAUAUUUGGCGCAUUUGAUUUGGAUGAUUUUGAUGAUGAUUAUGAGCCUUCUUCUCACUACAGUAACCCUUGGACAAGACAAUCCAGGCAACAGAUGAAUACCAAUCUAGAGAGUUCAGGAGGAAGUCACAUAUGUGCUUCAAGCCAGCUGCAUCUUAAUGAGUAUGACCUUGAAGAUUCCUUUAUAAAUGAUGACAACGAUGAUGAUGAGCCCCUGUUUACAGCAUAUCACAGUACUGAUUCUGAAGAAAGCAAUAGCAUAAGUCCAUUUAUAGAAAGAACCAGCCCAUAUCAGUUCCGAAACAGGCAUGAUCCAAGAACAAGAUCUUCAAGAAAUACAAGUAACAUUAAUAACAGUUUUCCCAAAAUUGAAGAUGCAUGCUCAUCCCAAGCAAGUCUUGGAAGUUUUAUAGUUAGCAGUGAUGAUUCACCAGAUGAGCUGAACAGUGACUGGGUACCGUUUGGCAAUAUUGGAAACAAUUCAAGGACUAAAGGCAAGUCAGACAAGGUGAAAGCAAAGGAAUGCUGUUCCAAGAGAACAAGAGCCUUAAGGAAGUCCAGAGCAAAAACCCCUAAGAAACACAAAGGCUGCAAGCAGAAAAGUAGCAAUGGUAAAAGGAAAAGACAGCAGUCUACAACUAGGAAUGAAAGGACAUCUUUAAGUCAUGGAGAACCCGGCCAGUGUUCUAUGGAUGGCUGGAUCAGCAUGGCUUCGAAAAAUGGAGAACGGCUUCCUUUGUCUUCAUUGUCAACUAAUCUAAGGACUCCUAAGAAAAGGACUUACAAAGGAAAGAAAGCCACCAAAAAUGAAGAUAACUCAAAUUAUGGUGAGGUGUAUGACAGAAGCAGUGCUUCUGAGGAUGAAGUUUUGAUUGAUCGAAUCAACAAAGGAAAAAAAAUAAAGACUUCUGUGCAUAACUGGCAGGAAAGGAAACCUAAGAUCAAACCUAAGAUCAACAAGUUAUACUCCAGAUGGGCACAACAACAGGAAUCUAUCCCUUCUGCUUUAAUGCCAUCAUCCAGUGUGACACAUGAUGAUAGAGGCAAAAUCAACUCUGUCGAUGAAGAAGAUUAUUCAGAUGUUAUAUUUGUACACCCCACUCCUCAACCAAAUGAAAAACGAUCAAUAUUCACCAGAAGGAAACACAGGUCUCCUGGUACAUCAUUUGAUAACAUGGAUGUUAUUACUAAUAAUCCUCCACAUUCACAAAUUCAGACACAAUAUGGACAUAAAAUUACUGACUCUCAGAGUGAUACAUGUCGUACUCGUGGAAGAACAGAGGCUAAAUCACGACAGAAGAGUCCUAUCAAGGCUACUAUCUCUCCUGCUAUUAAGAAGAGGAAAAAACCAAGGAGGGUGCUAUUGCUCAGCAGUGACAGUGAUUGAUUGAAUGCAAGUUUUGUUUAUACAGAAAAAAUCUUCAAGUUAACAGCUCUCAUUAUGGGUGUCCUAUUAUUAAAGCAAUAAAAAAAAUUACUAAUGAAAAUCAUUGAUCAUACAAUACAUUUUCCAAAACUCAUAUUUUGAAGUACUUCUUUCCUUUAUGUUAACGAUUUGCUAAUUAAAAGCUACUUCUGCCAAUUUGAUGUUUCUCUCUGGAAGAGAUAAGUAAGUAAACUAAAUUAAAGACUUUAGGCUCAAAGGUUAUUAUCAAAAAUUCUUCUAUUUUGAUAAUAUGUAAGAUAUGUAACAAGAUCACAACACAGUAAUGCAUCAAGGCUUUGAACUUGAACAAAUCUGUGUAUUAUUGUUCUUCCUUUGAAUUAUUGCUUAGGAUCAAUGAUAUUUGAACAUGUGCUGCAUUUCCUUGGUUAAAAAAGCAGCUACCGUAAUUAGGGAGGAAACCAACGUAGAGUUUCAGAUACAAGGAUGUUUUGAAAUGAAAUGCUACCCAAAUGUAUUACAAUAUUACAGUAUAACCAUCUUCCAAAAGCAGUAUUACUGAAACCAGUGUUUUUAUUUUAAGGUUUUUGUGCAAGGUGGGGAGGGGGGGAAGGAAGAGAGAAUGCUGCAGUAGUCCAUUACAGGUUACCCUCUCAUGAAGUUAACUGAGAUUGGCCAGCACUCAGUUGUACUCCUUCAUAGGGAGAGGUAGUGUUACAGUAAAGGAUAUUUUGAAUCCUAAGUGACUAGCAUCUAAUUUCUCACAAUAUUACCCCUGAAUCAAACAUUAAGGUCAUGAGAAUAAAGGAAAUGAAUACUAAGUCAAGAAGCUCUGGACUGUUGACAAAUUCUCUUCGUAAGCACCACAGGAAAUGUGUAGAGGACAGUUUGGAGAAUAAUACGUAUCAAUUUAGGGGGUUAACUGAGGAAAAAAAAAACAUACUGUGCCUAUGAACAAACCUGAACCUUAUUAAGGAAACAAAACUCCAUUGCCGGGACAAAGAAAAAGACAAUUUUUAAGGUACUGUCAGUGAUUGCAAUUGGUUUGUUAUUUCAGACAAAACCAAAGAAUUUUUUUAAUAAGCAAACAUUGACCAGUCUUUCCCUAUAAAUUUCUUUAUUUGUGCAGCAAACAUACUCUGCAUUUAAG